CAUGCAGUGACAGUCGCCAUUUUAUUUAGAAAAAUCCAAACCUAACCAAGGGAGAAAGCGACCUUUUUAUCCAUCAAGAACAGAACGAAGAAAUACGACGAAAAUGAUCAUCCGCACGUAAUUUUUCCAGAAUCGAGAUGUCACCCACUGAAUUGAACUGAAGGACGUUACUCUGAAUCAGCAUCCACCCAGAGACUCGGCCUGUUGGACAUCGGACACUUUAUACACCUUUUGGGGGGGGGAGGGGGCGGCCGACAGAAGUAGCCUAUCACUGAAGUGACUAAAGGGGAAUAAUGGUGAUUUUGCGCCGGGCUCGGCCGCCUGCUUCCGCCCCAACCAGCAAUGAAUCUUGACUCGCUCUCGCUGGCUUUGUCUCAAAUCAGUUACCUGGUGGACAAUUUAACUAAGAAAAACUACAGAGCCAGCCAGCAGGAAAUACAACAUAUUGUGAAUCGUCACAGCCCUGAGGCAGACCGGCAUCUAUUACGCUGUCUCUUUUCCCAUGUGGAUUUCAGUGGCGAUGGUAAAAGCAGUGGCAAAGAUUUCCACCAGACACAAUUUCUGAUCCAGGAGUGUGUCUCUCUUAUUACAAAACCAAAUUUUAUUUCAACACUCUGCUACGCCAUUGACAAUCCCCUGCACUAUCAAAAGAGUUUGAAGCCAUCACCUUAUUUAUUUACUCAACUGAGUAAAGUUCUCAAGCUAAGCAAGGUCCAGGAGGUGAUUUUUGGCCUUGCUCUGUUGAACUCGAGCAACGCAGACCUUAGGGGGUUUGCUGCUCAGUUUGUCAAGCAGAAGCUCCCAGACCUCCUCCGAUCAUACGUUGACUCAGACCUCGGAGGGAAUCAGGAAGGUGGCUUCCAAGACAUUGCCAUAGAGGUUCUGCAUCUGCUCCUCUCCCAUCUUCUUUUUGGUCAGAAGGGCUCCAGUGGAGUCGGACAAGAGCAGAUUGACGCGUUCCUCAAAACACUGUGCAGAGAUUUCCCUCAGGAGCGCUGUCCUGUGGUGCUCGCACCACUGCUCUACCCUGACAAACGGGACAUUCUCAUGGACCGGAUCCUACCAGACUCUGGAGAGUUAAAUAAGACCAUGAUGGAGAGUUCCCUUGCUGACUUCAUGCAAGAAGUUGGCUAUGGCUUUUGUGCAAGUUUUGACGAGUGCAGGAACAUAAUCCUGCAGUAUGGGGUGCGAGAGGUGACAGCCAGCCAGGUGGCCCGUGUGCUGGGUAUGAUGGCCCGCACUCACUCCGGGCUAUCCGAUGGCAUCCCCCUACAGUCCAUCACAAAUCCAGUGGGCGGUGGGAUCUGGAGUGAUGGCAAGGACAAGAGUGACGGCUCUCAGGCUCACACCUGGAAUGUGGAAGUUCUGAUUGAUGUGGUCAAAGAUGUGAACCCCAAUCUGAAUUUCAAAGAGGUGACCUAUGAGCUGGACCACCCUGGGUUCCUUAUCCGGGACACUAAGGGGCUUCAGAUGGUGGUUUAUGGGAUACAGAGGGGUCUGGGGAUGGAGGUGUUCCCUGUGGAUCUCAUUACCAGAUCAUGGAAGCAUGCAGAGGGACAGCUGUCAUUCAUUCAGCACUCGCUGAUGAAUCCUGAUGUGUUCUGCUUUGCUGACUACCCUUGUCACACUGUCGCCAUUGACAUCCUGAAGGCCCCUCCUGAGGAUGACAACAGAGAGAUAGCCACAUGGAAGAGCCUGGACCUGGUAGAGAGCCUCUUGCGUCUCUCUGAAGUUGGGCAUUAUGAACAGGUGAAGCAGCUCUUCAGCUUCCCCAUCAAGCACUGCCCGGACAUGCUGGUGUUGGCACUGCUGCAGAUCAGCACCUCAUGGCACACCCUGCGCCAUGAGCUCAUCUCCACCCUCAUGCCCAUAUUCCUGGGCAACCACCCCAACUCCGCCAUCAUCUUGCACUAUGCCUGGCAUGGACAGGGCCAGUCCCCCUCCAUUCGUCAGCUGAUCAUGCACUCUAUGGCCGAGUGGUACAUGAGAGGAGAGCAAUAUGACCAGGCCAAGCUAUCUCGCAUCCUGGAUGUGGCUCAAGACUUGAAGUCUCUAUCGAUGCUGCUGAAUGGUACUCCAUUUGCCUUUGUAAUUGAUCUUGCUGCACUUGCCUCACGCCGUGAAUACCUCAAACUUGACAAAUGGCUCACUGAUAAAAUCCGUGAGCACGGGGAGCCAUUCAUCCAGGCGUGCGUCACGUUCCUGAAGAGGCGCUGUCCCUCCAUCAUGGGUGGUUUAGCCCCAGAGAAAGAUCAGCCGAAGAGUGCUCAACUUCCUCCUGAAACUCUGGCCACCAUGCUUGCAUGUCUGCAGUCUUGUGCUGGGAGUGUAUCUCAAGAGCUGUCCGAGACAAUCUUGACUAUGGUGGCCAACUGUAGCAAUGUGAUGAACAAGGCUCGGCAGCCGCCACCAGGUGUCCUGCCAAAGGGACGAGCACCCAGCACCAGCAGCUUAGAUGCUAUCUCACCCGUGCAGAUGGACCCUCUCUCUGCGAUGGGCUCUCUGAAUUUAGGUGUCUCAUCGACCUCUCACACCUCAAGCAUGCAAGGAUUCCCCAGCCUGCAGGGCUCUGCCUUCAGUAACCCCCAAUCCCCAGCUAAGGCCUUCUCAACCCUGCCCACCCCAAACCACAGUACAGCUUUCCCAGGAAUCACCCCCCUGUCCUCUCAGCUGCAAGGUCCUCUGAGCACAAGCUUGACUGGGAUUGGCUCAGGUUUGGGCAUGCCAGCCGUCAGCAGCGACCCCUUCGGCACCAGGAAGAUGAGCACACCAGGGCUGAACCCGCCUACCUUCCAGCAGACUGACCUCUCUCAGGUGUGGCCCGAGGCAAAUCAGCACUUUAGUAAGGAGAUUGACGAUGAAGCGAACAGCUACUUUCAGCGCAUCUACAACCAUCCGCCACACCCAACCAUGUCUGUGGAUGAGGUUCUGGAAAUGCUACAGAGGUUCAAGGACUCAAACAUUAAGCGGGAACGGGAGGUUUUUAAUUGCAUGUUGAGGAAUCUGUUCGAGGAGUACCGGUUCUUCCCCCAGUAUCCUGACAAAGAGCUGCACAUCACCGCCUGCCUCUUCGGAGGAAUCAUCGAAAAGGGCCUAGUUACGUACAUGGCGCUGGGCUUGGCCUUACGAUAUGUCCUGGAAGCCUUACGCAAACCUUUCGGAUCAAAGAUGUAUUACUUUGGGAUCGCUGCACUAGAUAGAUUUAAAAAUAGACUGAAGGACUAUCCCCAGUACUGUCAGCACUUGGCUUCUAUAGCCCAUUUCCUUCAGUUCCCGCACCAUUUACAAGAGUAUAUUGAGUAUGGCCAGCAGUCAAGAGACCCUCCUGUGAAGAUGCAAGGCUCCAUAACCACCCCGGGCAGCCUGGCUUUAGCCCAAGCUCAGGCCCAGUCCCAGACCCCCAAAGCCCCCCAGCCUGGCCAAGCCAGCACCCUGGUGACCACAGCCACCACAACCACCACCGCUGCCAAAACUACCACCAUCACCAGACCUGCACCUGUUGGACUGAAGAAGGAUGUGCCACCUUCAAUCAACACCACAAACAUUGACACUCUGCUAGUAGCCACAGACCAGACUGAAAGGAUUGUAGAGCCCCCUGAGAAUGUUCAGGAGAAGAUUGCUUUCAUCUUCAACAACUUGUCCCAGUCAAACAUGACACAGAAGGUGGAAGAGCUGAAAGAGACCGUGAAGGAAGAAUUCAUGCCCUGGGUGUCUCAGUACCUGGUCAUGAAGCGUGUCAGCAUUGAGCCCAACUUUCACAGCCUUUAUUCCAACUUCCUGGACACACUGAAAAACCCUGAGUUUGUCAAGAUGGUUCUCAAUGAGACUUACAGAAACAUCAAGGUCCUUCUUACCUCUGAUAAGGCAGCUGCUAACUUUUCUGAUCGAUCCCUGCUGAAGAAUUUGGGUCACUGGCUUGGAAUGAUCACCCUCGCUAAAAACAAACCCAUCCUGUACACAGACUUGGAGCUCAAGUCUCUUCUGCUGGAGGCUUAUGUAAAAGGCCAGCAGGAGUUGCUGUAUGUUGUUCCCUUUGUGGCCAAAGUCUUGGAAUCAAGUCUGCGGAGUGUGAUCUUCAGACCGCAGAACCCUUGGACCAUGGGCAUCAUGAAUGUACUGGCUGAGCUCCACCAGGAACAUGACUUAAAGCUCAACCUGAAGUUUGAGAUCGAAGUGCUCUGUAAGAACCUGUCUCUGGACAUCAGUGAGCUGAAGCCAGGAUACCUGCUGAGAGACAAAGAGAAGCUGAAGAACCUGGAGGAGCAGCUCUCUGCACCAAAGAAAGAGACAAAGCCUCCUGAAGAGAUGUUGCCUAUAGUUACUACGGGUAGAACACAUAAACCCAGCUUUGUUCUCUGGCAUAUUUCAGUCAAUUUUCUAAUUUUGAAUCUUAUUGAAACUGCUUAUGUUUUCUGUAUCCUUUUUAAACCAACAGUAGACUCAGCAGUCCCAUUUUCAGCUGCUCAGUCAACUCCAGCCACCACCACUACCUGUACAGCCACCGGGCCGCCCACACCACAGUUCAGCUACCACGACAUUAACGUCUAUGCCCUGGCCGGUUUGGCCCCACACAUCAACAUCAAUGUCAACGUCCCCCUUCUGCAGGCCCACCCUCAACUGAAGCAGUGUGUGAGACCGGCUAUCGAGCGUGCCGUUCAGGAGCUGGUACACCCUGUGGUGGACCGUUCAAUCAAAAUCGCCAUGACCACCUGCGAGCAGAUCGUCAGGAAGGACUUUGCACUGGACUCUGAGGAGUCUCACAUGCGUGUGGCCGCCCAUCACAUGAUGCGGAACCUGACCGCUGGCAUGGCCAUGAUCACUUGCAGAGAGCCACUGCUCAUGAGCAUCGCCACCAACCUGAAAAACAGCUUUGCUGCAGCUCUUAGGGCUCCCACACCCCAGCAGCGAGAGAUGAUGGAAGAGGCGGCUGCUCGCAUCGCUCAAGACAACUGUGAGCUAGCGUGCUGCUUCAUUCAGAAGACAGCAGUGGAAAAAGCCGGACCUGAGAUGGACAAGAGACUGGCAACUGAGUUCGAGCUGAGGAAGCACGCUCGCCAAGAAGGCCGUCGCUACUGUGACCCGAUGGUGCUCACCUAUCAGGCUGAGCGCAUGCCAGAGCAGAUCAGACUGAAGGUGGGUGGAGUAGAUCCUAAACAGCUGGCUGUUUAUGAAGAGUUCGCCCGAAACGUUCCAGGCUUCCUACCCAGCAAUGACCUGUCUCAGCCCACUGGAUUCCUUGCCCAGCCAAUGAAGCAACAGGCAUGGCCCACUGAUGACGUGGCUCACAUCUAUGACAAGUGCAUUUCAGACCUGGAGCAGCACUUGCACGCCAUUCCACCUGCCCUGGCUAUGAACCCACAGACCCAGGCCAUACGCAGCCUCCUAGAGGCCGUGGUCAUGGCCAGGAACUCCCGUGAUGGUAUCGCUGCUCUGGGACUUUUGCAGAAGGCUGUGGAAGGCCUGCUGGAUGCCACCAGCGGUGCUGAUCCUGAUCUGUUGCUAAGCUACAGAGAGUGCCACUUGCUGGUGCUGAAAGCCCUACAGGAUGGCCGUGCAUAUGGCCCACAAUGGUGCAACAAACAAAUCACCAGAUGCCUGAUUGAGUGCAGAGACGAAUACAAGUACAACGUUGAGGCUGUGGAGCUCCUGAUCAGAAACCACCUGGUCAACAUGCAGCAGUAUGAUUUACACCUGGCUCAGUCAAUGGAGAACGGGCUCAACUACAUGGCCGUGGCAUUCGCCAUGCAGCUGGUGAAACUACUAUUGGUUGAUGAACGCAGUGUGAGCCAUAUCACUGAAGCUGAUCUCUUCCACACCAUCGAGACGUUGAUGAGGACCAGUGCCCACUCCAGAGCCAAUGCACCUGAAGGUUUGCCCCAGCUGAUGGAUGUGGUCCGCUCCAACUAUGAGGCUAUGAUCGAUCGUCAUCAUGGUGGGCCAAACUUCAUGAUGCACUCUGGGAUUUCUCAGGCGUCUGAGUAUGAUGAUCCACCAGGCCUCAGAGAGAAGGCAGAGUACCUGCUUAGAGAAUGGGUCAACCUCUACCACUCAGCAGCUGCUGGCAGAGACAGCACCAAGGCCUUCUCUGCAUUUGUUGGACAGAUGCACCAGCAGGGCAUCCUGAAGACCGAUGACUUGAUCACUCGCUUUUUUAGGUUAUGCACAGAGAUGUGUGUGGAGAUCAGUUACCGUGCUCAAGCUGAACAGCAGCACCCGACCACCAGCCCAGCCAUCAUCAGGGCCAAGUGCUACCAUAACCUGGACGCCUUUGUUCGGCUCAUCGCCUUACUGGUUAAACAUUCUGGAGAGGCCACCAACACGGUCACCAAAAUCAACUUGCUUAACAAGGUUCUGGGCAUCGUGGUGGGUGUAUUGAUCCAGGAUCAUGAUGUGAGGCAGACGGAGUUCCAGCAGCUGCCAUACCACCGAAUCUUCAUCAUGCUCUUACUGGAGCUCAAUGCUCCGGAACACGUACUGGAGACCAUCAACUUCCAGACCCUCACUGCCUUCUGCAACACCUUCCACAUCCUUCGGCCGACUAAAGCUCCUGGAUUCGUGUAUGCUUGGCUGGAGCUCAUCUCUCACCGCAUAUUCAUUGCCAGGAUGCUUGCACACACCCCACAACAGAAGGGAUGGCCCAUGUAUGCUCAGCUGCUGAUUGACUUGUUCAAGUAUCUUGCACCCUUCCUAAGGAAUGUUGAACUCAACAAACCUAUGCAAAUUCUCUACAAGGGAACACUCCGUGUGUUGCUUGUCCUGCUCCAUGACUUCCCAGAAUUCCUGUGCGACUACCAUUAUGGCUUCUGUGAUGUCAUCCCGCCAAAUUGCAUCCAGCUGAGGAACCUGAUCCUGAGUGCCUUCCCCCGCAACAUGAGGCUUCCAGACCCCUUCACCCCUAAUCUGAAGGUGGAUAUGCUGAGUGAGAUCAACAUUGCUCCCCGCAUCCUCACCAACUUCACCGGUGUAAUGCCAUCCCAAUUUAAGAAAGAUCUUGACUCUUACCUGAAGACACGCUCUCCUGUCACCUUCCUUUCUGAGCUGCGCAGCAACCUGCAGGUAGGGGGCGUCACUCUGAAUCUCAAGAACCAUUCGCCUCAAGAACCAUUCACAACAAGAGUAACAUCUAACAAGGUGUCCAAUGAGCCAGGCAACCGCUACAACAUCCAGCUGAUAAAUGCUCUGGUGCUGUAUGUGGGCACCCAGGCUAUUGCCCACAUCCACAACAAGGGCAGCACUCCCUCCAUGAGCACCAUCACUCACUCAGCACACAUGGACAUCUUCCAGAACCUCGCAGUCGACCUGGACACUGAAGGCCGCUAUCUGUUCCUGAAUGCGGUAGCCAAUCAGCUGCGUUACCCAAACAGCCACACGCACUACUUCAGCUGUACCAUGCUGUAUCUGUUUGCUGAGGCCAACGCUGAAGCCAUUCAAGAGCAGAUCACUAGGGUCCUUCUGGAGAGGCUGAUUGUGAACAGGCCACACCCAUGGGGUCUGCUCAUCACCUUCAUUGAGCUGAUCAAGAACCCUGCCUUUAAGUUCUGGAGCCACGACUUUGUGCACUGUGCCCCAGAGAUCGAGAAGUUGUUCCAGUCAGUGGCACAGUGCUGCAUGGGGCAGAAGCAGGCCCAGCAGGUGAUGGAGGGAACGGGUGCCAGUUAGGCUGCAGGAACCGCUUCUGUGCUCAGAGAGAGAGUCCUCCCUCACCCCUAACCAACACCCUGCACAUGUGAUCAACACAGCUGGCACUGGACCACUGUCUGCCUUGCACCGGAUGACUUCUGAUCCGAGGGUUUUUUUUUUGUUUUGUUUUUUUUUCACCCCCUGGACAAGAUAAAAUGUAAAUAUUUAAAGGGACAUUCAAGAGCAGAAUUUGUGUAAUUUUGUCAAAGGUGAGACAUGCUUUAGCACAUUUCACUCCUGGCUGUUUGGCUUCUCACCCCCCCUCCCCAACUCUCCAUAAAUUUAUUUUUGACUUCAAGACUGAUUGACUUUUGUUUGGAAGCUUGGUAGUGGCUAAGGAAGCUGUCUUGUUUUAUUAUUGUUAUUUUCUGACGUUUGGUUUUUCAGGGGAGAGCUAUCAGUGUGGUGAGCUGAUAGGAUCAGACAGAUGUCCUGGACUGCAGGGGGGGGGUCACUAGUUUGCACCUGUUAGGAAACUGAUAUUGGGUUGGGGGUUCUCCCUGGCACUUGUACAAUUGUGGAAAUAUUCAGAAAUUUGUUGGUAAAUUGAAUCUUUGGAGUUUGUACAAAGAGAUUCAACUUGCAGAACAUAACAGGACCAAUACAGCUCAUUUUGUAAGGAUUUUGAAUGUUUUGUAAAUGUAUUGGUCCGUGUGUUGUAUUUUGUAGUACUUUAUAGUUGCCUUUAGUUCCCGCUACUUAUUUCCUGUAUGUAUGCAUUCUGUAGUUACUGCAUUAAACACUUGAACUGCA